AUGAGUUUGAAUAUUCUUAUCACCGGCGCCACUGGCUACAUUGGUGGCUCUGUUCUUUCGGGACUGCUCUCAAGCGAGAAGCCACGUUUUGAGAAGAGCCGGAUUUUUGUAGCCGUCCGCUCUGAAAGACAUGUCAAAACAUUGACCGAGCUAGGAGUCAAGGUGGCUUUGAUCGAUCUCACAGAUGAGGCAUCUGUCAGAGAAGGCGUCUUGAACAAUGACAGUAAGACUUUUACCCCUAGAAUAUGGAUCCGGGAUCUAAGUUCAUUUAAUGCAGUCGAUUUCAUCAUUCACACUGCGAGCGCUCUGGAACCAGCACAGGCGAAGAAUCUCAUUACUGCUCUGGGGAAAAGACACAAUGCGACUAAGAAAGACGUCUUCUUCAUUCACACUUCUGGGACAUCAGCCUGGUCCUCCGCGUUCGGCUCGACAUAUGGCCUAGUGAAGGACACCGAUCCUCUUUUUGAGAAAGAGAAAGCGAUAGCAGAUUCAUUCCCAGUUCGACAGACCGAUGUUACUGUGAUUGAAGAGGCGGAAAAAGCUGGCGUGACCAGCUAUAUUAUCCCUCCUCCUAUCAUUUAUGGCCGUGGCGAUGGCCCAUGGAACAAGAUGUCAGCGAUGAUCCCUGCCACUAUCAAUGCCGCCAUAUCGCGCAAAGUGGUUGAAAAGUUUCCCACGAAUGCACGGACAAUGGGGACUCACAUAACGGACCUGACUGCGUACUACCUGCGUUUGAUUGAGAAGAUACUGGAGGGUGCCGACCUGCCAAGUGGCAAGCAGGGAUACUAUUUUCCUAUCGCGCAUCGGUUCAGUUGGUGGGAUGUUUUGGAUAAGAUAGCCAAGGCUCUUCAAGCUCGAAAUCUUGUGAAGGAUAGCGAGUUGCGGGAAUGGCCAAGUUACGAUGCUGCGGCUGAAGGACUUUCCCUUCCUGCUGAAGUGAUACCCAGGCUUUACGUCGCUGAUAACGAAGUUAUUGGUGAGAAUAAAAGUCUAAUUGGUUGGGAACCAGAAUGGGACGAGCAUAGGUUCUUGACGCAGAUGGAUGACGAAAUCAAGAAUUUCCUGGACCUGGGCAUAGAAAAGGUUGGUUUACUUGCUGCUGUCAGCCAGGAAUUGAGCAAAAAGUAG